AAAAGAUACCUAUAAGCCACAGUUCAACAAGAAUAGUUUAGUUUUAAAUAUGUUGAAAUUAUAUAUUUUUUUAAUGUUUUAAAAUUAAAACUAUGUCUGUAAAACGUUCUGUUAAAUUCAAUACAAUAUGAUCAUUUAAAAAAAAAAAAAAAAAAAGAUCUCGGGGGCGGAAAUGAUUUUUGGUCAGCGCCACUUUCCGUAACCCGACACCUUACGUCACACAUAACAAGUAUGGCGGCGCCCUCUGAGCCCUGAGCUGCAGCUCUCGUGUGUCCGGGGAGAAGCAUUAAAACGUUAGUUAUGGUAGCCAUUUCUUAGCGUCUAAUAUCGAAGCUCUCUUGUGAAAUUAAUGUGGGAGGAUUGACUCGAUUUGUCGUCGUGAAAACAUGGGUUUGGAGCGGCUGCUGUGCCGUUCACUGCCGUGUUACUCCAAACAGUUUGGGCUCGUUAAUAUCCAGCAGAGAGGCCUUCACAAUGCGCCGAUGUCCGCACAGACUCCACCAGGCUCCGCCAGCGUGGCGACAUGUUUAUCGGGUCUGUGCAGCAGGAUAUUUCUUCACAGCGGCCGCCUCGGAGCCGCUCGCAGGCAGCUGUGUGUCCGCCGCAGCCUGUGCUCUUCCUCGGCCCAGCCCUCCAGAGAUGUCACCCUGUUCCUGCACGACAGGACGCGCUUCUUCCGGCUCCUGUCGCUCUUCUGCGGCGGACAGUUUCUCUUCUGGACUUACAUGAGCCACUUCGCCUACACCGGGCUCAGAGACACAGGGGCCGCGACAGAGAAGGGGAGAGCCAAGGCGCCCAGCACCACGGGGCUGGCCGGGAUGUGGAGCUUUGAGAUGAACCUGGGCUCAAACACCUGGAGGUACUGCUUCACGCUGGGCUGUCUGGCCAUCGGAGCAGGGAUCGUCGGGCUCGGGUACCUGUUUUGCCGGCGCUCUGUCAGCCAGGUGGUUUUACACCAAGGUGGGAGGAUGGUGACAGUGUGCACACAGUCACCUUUGGGACCAGACCGAGGCCGGAGGAUAACAGUGCCGCUGUCCCAGGUAGCCUGUCAUGCUCACAGACACGAGUCCCCCUCAUUCAUCCCCCUCAGGGUCAAAGGUCACAGGUUCUACUUUCUUCUGGACAAAGAGGGGACCGUGAGCAACGCCAGGCUGUUUGAUAUCACUGUCGGGGCUUACCGGCUUCUUUAAGAUGUGGUUAUUACGCUUUUGGACAUCAAACACCACAUAAAUGCUGCUUCGCAGAUGUGACUUUAAAGCUGCCAAACUAAUGUGCCAGUUUCUGAUUGUUUUGCUUCGAUUAAAUAGAAUCUGAGAUCAAAUAUGGACUCAUCAAGGUUAAUUUCUACUUAGGAUCAAACUUGGCAUACAUACCCAAGUCCACACUGUCAGAACUAAAUACUGUAAGAGGGUUUCUAAAUCUAGGAAGUGUGUUUAAAAUUAUUUUAUAUUUAGAAACACUUAUAAUGAACACUUAGGUGGUCAUGAGAAACCUGGAAAAGUCAUGGAAUUUCACAAUUUCAUCAGGGCUCCCACAGUCAUUAAAUUCCUGGAAAGGUUAUAAAAUUAAAAAAAAACAAAAAAACAACCUAUUUUCCAGGCCUGAAAAUGGUUUGGCAUUAACAGAAUGUUUUGGACAAAUUUUUAGUAUCAUGUGAUAUAUAUACACCAAUAAUAAUAAUAAUCUCAUCUUAAACUACGGAAAUAAAGUAAUGGAACGAGGUAAAAUAUUAUGAACCUAUGGAUCUUAUGGAAAAGUUUUGAAAAUUCAUUGUUAAAAUGUGUGAGAACCUUGUCUCAUUUUCCAUGCCUGGAAAAGGUACAUAAUAAGUAAAAUCCUUCAAAAUUAUUGGGAAAGUCAUGAAAUUUCGUUGUGUGUAAUGAAAUGAAUUCUUACAGGAAUCGUGUGUGGAUAAGCAUUCAUGUAAUGUCACGUAAUAAAGUACUUUUUUGGAGUUGAGUGUACUAUACAAUUAUACAUGUUAGAAGUACGGUUGCAACUGUGUGUGAUUUUCAUGGUAUGAAAGCCAUCUCAUAAAAUAUUGUGGUUUCACAGUAUUACAGAAUUCUUAUUAUUAUCAUCAGAACGGGUGUGU